AGCGGCAGAAGCGCCAGAAGCGGCAGAAGAGGAGGGUAGAAGCUAACGUUAACUUCUGAUAUUUUAACCUUAUUUAACUUAAUAUUCUAAACUUUGUAACCUAAUAUCAAGGUCCACUGGUGCUGUGAAUAAGUGGUCCUGUCGACCUGGUGCAGCAUGGAGGGGCGUGUGGACCAGGUGGCCGAGAUGGAGGCUGAGCUCAGCUCCCUGCAGGCCCAGAUCGCGACACUGAAGGCGGUUCAACAGUCACAGCCGCCCAGCGUCCGACUCGGAGGACGCAUCAGAGACGCCUUGCUGCGUAUGGGUGAGGAGCUGAGAGGAGAGAAGAUGCGGCAAGAAGAGGUGGAGCUCAGCAGACUGAAGGUAGAGCUUGAGGAGUUGGAGAAGGAGCUGAGCAGACAGACCAGGAUGAACGGAGUCACUCUGAUAAACUGCAUCACGGAGACAGUAAAGAGGAGUGAUCGCGGGCUGCUGCAGCGGUUCUGUCUGACAGGUCACUGCUCUGACAUCUUCUUCCAAGUGGAAUUUCAGGUCAGGGAGAGCAAGGAAGGACAGAUGUCGGAGAGGACGAUCAGCAAUCUGCACGUUGUGAUGGACAGCACGGAGCACCGAGACUUCAGCGGCUUUGUGUCUGGAGUGGAGGAGAGGGGGGACCUGCUCAUCUUCUUCAGGACACUCAGGACGUUUUCAGAGAACCUGGACAACCGACGCAGAACAUUCCAGCACUUCCAGGAGAAGUACCCACAAGUGGUCUCUCUCCCUGGAGGCUGCAGGUCAGAGGUCAUGACACUACACCACCCUCAACUUCCUGGUUGUAUCCUAUUGGUCCAUUGGUCAGUGGAGGUGACCAGGGAGGGUGGAGUCACUCCUAAAAUUGACCUGCUGACCAAGAUCCCAGAGACAGCGUUGCAGUUGGGUUCAGCCCAGGCCAUAGAGGGUGCUCCUGAGGCCUUCCACAGCCUGCUGAGGAUUCUGGGAACAGAGGCGGCUUUAGAAAGUCUCAUUAUGGCUGUCAGCACUUAAUGCUACACAACACAUAUACUGUCUGUUCAUACAAUGACUUAAAACACAAAACAUUCUUUUUUAAAUAUAAUCACAAUAUGUGUCUUCUGUUAACCUGUCAGCUGUUACUGUAAUGUUGAAAUAUACCGAGUCUCACCCAGGAGCUGAGUCUCAUCUAGCUGAGUCUCACCCAGGAGCUGAGCCUCAUCCAGGUGUCAGGAGCUUCAGUGUGUACCUGUUGUAACAGCACAUAGGAUCUGUCUGCAUGGUCAUGUUUAGUCUGUGAAACCAGAGAACACCGCCCACAGGAAGGCUGGUCAGCAAACCUUCCGCCAGGAGUCAACCCUGUGUCUGUUCAUAUUCAUGUGUCCAUGUUGUCCCAGAACAUUAAGUUUUUGCUAUUAAAACCUUCAGCGUUCAGGUUUCACAGCCCUCUUCAGGUCUUCUUACAGGUGCACAGUAACGAGACAGGAGAGUGUUGGUCCGAUAGAAAAUCUUUAUUGAAUAUAAAGAGCUCUAUUGAGGUCGCUCUGCUCUUCUCUCAGCAGGGACAGAAGCAAAAAGCUCGUUCAUCAGGAGCUAAAAAAAUAAAUAAUUUAAAUACAAAAAGUCAGACAGCAGUGUCCCCUUUGUAUUCUGAAAUAGUUUUAUCUUCUGUUCUGUACAGACACACACAUUAGAAGAUGCUUGGUAUCACAGUGCUUGUGAUGUUUUCUAAGAGUUAAUAAACCAUCCAUCCUCCUGCCCAGGAUACACCGGCAAAACUUAAAGGCAAUUCAUUCUGGGUCUCUUCAUAUUUUAACCAAAAACAAGUACACCCUUAAUUGUCUACGGUCCAGUUCUCACACUGCCAUGUAAAAGAAGACUAAACCAGAUUCUCCGUUUAGACUGAACAUCAGAUCUGGAUCCGACUCCAGCAUCUGAAGUCAGGUUUUCCCUCAGUGAGGCGAGGUGUCUCCCCUGCCUCAUUAAGUGAAGUUACCUGUAGCAUCACUCAAAUGAGCUCAUCAGAAGCCCAUAGGAAGCCCAUGAGAAGCUCACCAGAAGCCCAUCAGGCUCAUCAGAAGCUCAUCAGAAGCCCAUGAGAAGCUCACCAGAAGCCCAUAGGAAGCCCAUCAGA